AUGAUGACGUCCAUGUAGGCCUUGUUUAUGGACGCCAUGGCAGCUCACGCUAGCGAGCUCGAGAUUGCAAAGAAAAAUUUAACUGAUGCAAUUGGCGAUAAUGUCAAGCAUUACUGGUCAAACCUGAAGCUAUGGUUCAAACAAAAGAUCAGCAAGGAGGAGUUUGACAUUGAAGCACGUCGUCUGUUGGCUCAGGAGAAUGUCCAUGUUCACAAUGAUUUUCUUCUGGCCAUUCUCACACGCUGCCAGAUCAUCGUCUCCACACCAGAGGGCGUAGGGCCGUUACAGUGGCAAGGUGGAUCUGCUUCAAAGCCUGGAAAACCAAAGGGGAAGAAGAAAUGUUCCUCCAGACAGAAAUUUGAUCAUCGUUUCCAGCCACAGAACCCACUGAGCGCCGCCCAGCCUUUCAGCCCACGUGAGGUGGGAGGUGAGGAGGAGGAGCUGCGUCUCAGUGCACACACUCUGCUGUUGCCCACACGGGGCCAGCUGGAGGCCCGCAUGAUGGUGACAGCCUUUGAGCUGGGCCUGGAUAACAUCACAGAAGAUGCCGUUAGCAGCAUGACCUUUGCUAUCGAGCACCACUUGAAAGACGUCCUGACUGCUGUCAUCACCCGGAGGAAGGCGUAUAGGCUACGAGAUGGUCGCUUCCCCUAUGCCUUUGGCUGUGAUGUCACGCCGCAGCCAUAUCUUAAAAACAGCCUUGCUGCUUACCACAGUGUUACUGAAUGUCCCCCUCCAAGUGCUUCCCUCGCUGCUGGCCCACCACCUCAAGUGUCACCUGAUGAGGCCGAGCAACAAGCUGUUCACUUAUUGGCUUGUUCUGCUGACAAUCUCCCCGCACCGCUCCCUCCAAUCAACAUGUUUGAUCUUCUUGAGGCUUUACAGGUUCACCACGGUGUGAUGUCCUCCCACACUAUGUAUGCCCUGAACAUGGAGCGCAUCCUGUCACGGCUCUGGCACCCCAGCCUCGAAGAACUAGAGCAGGACCACGUACACCGGCAACGCCUCUCUGCGAAAGAGGGCGUGCUCGUCAGCUGAGAGCCACUGACGCAGGACUGUACGUGAAAUGCGGAUAUCAUCAUUCCCCACAUGGAAAUGGACGGGGAACAGUGUCCAAAAAACUGAACACUUUUUAUUUUUUUUAUAAUGCCUAGAAAAUCACAUCCCCAUUGCACAAAGUGAUCAAGCAUGAGUGGAGCAAGAUGAAACAAAGCGGUUGGACGGUGAUCAGUCCACUCCAGCCAAUGGCUGGCAAAUUAUUUUUGUCAGUUCCUCCAGCCAUUUUGGCGUCAACCAACCAUCAUUUGGAACUUCUGUUAUAUAUUGAGAAUAUAAUUUGAUGGUGAGAUAUUGAAAGUAUUUAAUGUUAGGAUAUACUAGCAGCUGCGAGCACUGAACAGAAAUGUAAGGUUCUAAUCGGGGCAGGUUGCAUAGUGUUGAUGUUUCAGUGUCGGAUAUGCACCACAACUUAGACCUAUCACGAUAACUUCUUUGUUGGACAAUAUAUUGCCCCAGAAAUAAUUGCAAUAAAUUAUAUUUUUGUCACUAUAAGACCAUUUUAUGCCACUGAUAUAAUAAUGAAAGUAAACCCUUUCAUAGAGCAAUUAAUUCUUAAAAAUUACAACAUUUGAAUGUGAAAAAAUAUCACAAAUAACUAAAACAUAAAUAAAAUAAAAACUACACAACCAAAACAAUAAAUAAAAUGGGCUCUGUUAACAAAUAUAUAAUGGUAGGACAAACUGCUGUUUAUUUUUCACAUGUUGGCUAAAAUGUUAAUGACAUUCUUAUGUCAACAAACAGACAUGUAAACACAACGGGCAAUAGUGAGGUCAGCAAACGUGAUCAAGGCCAUGUCCAUAUAUGGUACAAUAAGUCGAUAACAUUAUCGUGAAACGUCUACUACAACUGAUAAAAUACGUUCUUGGAACAGUCAUUGUAUCAGUCAUAGUUAAUCAUCUAGCAUUGUGUACAAGAUCAGGUAACAACAUGGUGCAUGUAGGAAAGAUUCAAAAUAUAUAAAGGCCCUGUAUGUUACACAGGUGUUUUCACUUAAUCGGAUUGAUUAGGCCUCAUCUCAGGUUGAAGUUGGGGGCGGCGCUAUGAUGAGAAUAUGUGAGGUCACCUAACUCAACGCACAAAUAAGAAUGACAAGAUGGAAAUUGCCCGGCCUCAACUGGUGCAGCAGAAAUGUCAAUCAAGCACUGUCAGCACAGCAUCCUGAGAGGUCUAAUCAAGCAAUAAGUGAAAACACCUGUGUGGGUUUACUGUGGGUGUGUAGGAUCCUUAAAGGGGAACACCACCUAAAUUAAGAAAUCCAAUAUGUAAUUUCCAUGACAUAGUUUAAUGAAAGUUUAAUUAAUAUUUGUGAACAUGAGCGUCUCUCUCAAAGCCAGAAACCAGAGAAGUAAGUCUCAAACUGGUGAUGUCAUCAAGUAUAAAGUCUGGAGCGGCUCCACACACGAUGAAUGGGAGACUGAUUUUGUAGAGCAACAGAAUGUUUUUCUUUUUUUAUACCCAAAUGAGCUUUAUUAUAUUGUAGUGUUCUCAGUUCUGAAACAGUGAAUUUACAUGUAUACUCGGACCAUUCCCCUGGGACAUCUGUGUUAUAACAUCUUUAACAAUCUAUUUUCUGUGGCGCGUGUUUACUAAUAUUUUUGGACCGUCUUAGACCAUUGGAAUAAGUAUGAAUUUUGAAAACGGGCAUUGUUUCCCUUUAAAAUGUCCCAGACGGCUGCCCCCUGUGUCACCACGCCCCUCAUAAACAUACCUUUUAAA